AUGAGCUCUUACUUUGUAAACUCGUUCUCAGGGCGCUAUCCAAAUGGCUCCGACUAUCAGUUACUAAAUUAUGGGACUAACGGCGCUGUGAGCGGCUCCUUCAGAGACCCUGGCACCAUGCACUCCGGGUCUUUCGGCUACAACUACAAUGGCAUGGACCUAACCGUGAACCGCACCAACACCGGCGGCCACUUCGGGGCUGUGAGGGAGGAUGCCCGGGGAUUUGGGGCGGACGCCCGCUACAGACAGACGCCCAACUGCUCGCUGUCGUCUCCAGACCCGGUGCCGCCGCCGCCGCCGUCGUGCGCCACAGCCAGCCGGGAGCAGCUGGAACUAAAAAGCCCCUCUCCUCCCUCUGACCGGAGCGCGACCUCGGGCGGCAGCAGCCUCAACAAAAGCAACAGCGCUCAUUUCACGGAGAUAGAGGACGCCACGGUCGCAUCCGAGAGCGAGGAGGGCGCGCAUAGCAGCGGCGGCGGAGGCGGCGGAGGUUCCUCCGGCACGGCACCGCGGGCGCAGCAGCAGCAGCAGCAGCACCAGGAGCCCAACGCCACCUCCUCCACUCCCACAGCAAACGACUGCCAAACGCCACAAAUAUUCCCGUGGAUGCGGAAGCUGCACAUAAGCCAUGAUAUGACUGGACCUGAUGGGAAAAGGGCCCGAACUGCGUACACCCGCUACCAGACGCUAGAGCUGGAGAAAGAGUUUCACUUCAAUAGGUACCUAACCAGACGGCGGAGGAUAGAGAUAGCCCACGCCCUGUGUCUUUCCGAAAGACAGAUCAAAAUCUGGUUUCAGAACCGCAGGAUGAAGUGGAAGAAGGACAAUAAACUGAAAAGCAUGAGCCUCGUAACGGGAGGGAGCGCCUUCCACAACUGA